AUGGUAUUACAUACAGCACAAGAAAAAGAUAUAGUCCUUGUCCUAAAACAUCUGCGGUUCAGAGGUCUGAUCCUCUCAGGUGCUAAGAGUCCACAAGUAUUUCUGGAGCCGAUCAGUCGUAGAGCAUCGGCCGGUUACACAAACAGCACGGGUGAGGACGAUUACAGGCAGUCCUUAGAAAGGAAAGGAGACAGGGAAGGAGACGGCAGGGAGUAUGAGGGAAAGGAUUACCAUAAAGCAAUGCAAACAGUGAACCUGACUGUACUGGGCAUGAAGAGCGGGGUAACCCAACGGGGAAGACAAGGACCCGUCACCUGGGUGCAGCAAGAGCUGGGAUGGUUUCCCUUCAGGAGAAGGGCGGUGUGGACGCCUCCCCGUAUCCGGGGGAGUCCCGGGCCUCCGGUGCAGAGAAGGGGAGCCUUCUCAGAGGGCCAAACUGAAGGCGAGGCCCGGACGCGCCCAGCUGUCCCCAGCGCGGGGCGAGAGGGCGGCCGGCGGAAGCGGACCACCUUCAGCAAGGCCCAGCUGGAGCUGCUGGUCCGCGCCUUCGAGAAGGAGCCCUACCCCGGCAUCGCUCUGCGGGAGCAGCUCUCCGGCCUCAUCGACAUCCCCGAGUCCAGGAUCCAGGUCUGGUUUCAGAACAGGAGGGCCCGGCAGCUAAACCACAAGAAGAGCGAAGCCGCCGCCUACCCCAAGCCGGCCUGUGGCAAGCAAAAGCCGACCCGCUGCGGCGGCGGCUGCCAGGAGAAGUCCCGGACGAUGGAGGGUCUUGGGCCAGACCGGAGCUUCCUCCAUCUGCAGCCUGGCCUACCGGGAGGAAACCAGGGUUUCGCCGGUCAGCCGUCGCCCUACUCCGGGCAGCUAUACUCAAGGCUCGAUACUCACUUCAGGAGCUUGGAUAACACUUCUGGACCCCCAGGUCAGACCCCAGCUCACUUCGGUUUGGACUGCGUGGGAAAAGGGGUCCCACUCGGUGUGGGAAGCGUGGGGAGUCCCCCCAAGCUCUCACUCCCUGCGCAGCAGGCGCAGGAAUAUCCAUACCUGAAGAAAUCUUUCCCUGAAAGCUACUACUCUGAUGCACAUGUUUUCCAGUCUUGUAUAGAAGAUCACCAGUACCUGGCAGCUAAAGAGAACAUGUAUAGGAAGCCUGUCUUAAACUACUUAAAUGCUAACCAGGGCCUGGGGAAUGAGAACUAUUUGUAUAUCAAGUCAAACACUUCUCCCUUUGGGAAGGGCUCCACUUUUAAUUAUGGUGAAGGGGAAUCUAAGCUUGAGCUUGAGCAGAUGAGGCACAGUCCACCUCUGGCUGCAGCUAGUCACUAUAGUCCUCCUUUGGUACUUCCAAAAAAUGAAGGGGAGUAUCAAGGGACACUUGCUGCUCCAGCCCCGUCAUAUGGGCAGCAGCUUCUGGAGACAGUAAAUGACUAUGACCCUCUUUGGCUGGGUGUGAGAAAUGAAAUUCUGGGAGCUGGGUUAGAUCCACUGUUUGAGCAAAAUGGGGAGCAAGGUGGGCCAAAAAGUUACCUUUUUGGUGGCCAGACUCCAACCUGUCAUUUAGGUCACACAUGAAACUGUGAUGGUGGGUCUGCUUGCCUGAUAAAAAAUUAAUGUGAUUUUUUUGUUCCAUUGGCAGUGUUGUCCAAAGUGGCUUAAGGCUUUGCAGGUCUAAGUGUGGAGUGCUUGCUCUGAGGUCAAGGAAGAUAAGCAAAGUUAGCAAGGGGUACAGGAGAAUAACCUCCUGAAUGUGUGCUGCCUCCCUGCCCUGUCCUACAGGAACUGUCACCAAGCUGCUCACAGUAUUCCUGCAUGUGUUUGAUUAUUUGCAGCCUCAAGUUAACUUGCAUGUGCAGCCUGAUCUUCACAAAUGUGUCAGUACUGAAGAUUUAGUCCAUGUUCAGUCUGUGCUGGAUUAACUCAGCCAGGAGGCUUGGGACUAUGGCACUGGUUUUGUGCCCCCACCGCAUUGGGUUUUGUUUCUAUUCUGCUCAGAAUUCACUUUCUUUAACUUAAGAAAUCUAUAGAAAACAGACUUAUUUAUAGCUUUUAGUGGAGAAAGCAUUAACAUGAGAGGGGUACAAGCAUGGGAAAAGCAGCCUUGGUGGUGGCAGGGGAUGGCUCACUGGGUGUGUUUGUGUUUUAGGUGUGUUCCUGAUAGACAGCAUUGCUGGUCUUUUCGUAUAGUGUUUUCAUUGAAAAAUGACCAGAUGUGUAGCCUUUUAAAAGGCAAUAUUUUUGUGAUUUCCUUUUGUAUGGUAUUUUUUAAAUUGUCUUUUUUUUUCCCAAAUUGUAGUUUUCUAUUUGCCAAAAGAAGGUUUUCUACCUGGGUGAUAAUGAACUUUUAGAACUGCACUCACAGAAAAAUAUAACUGUAUUCCAUCUUUGCACUUCGCACAUUGAGCCUGUUUUUAGACUUCAAGAUCCAUGGCUGGUCUGGAAGAUCACUGUAAUCAUGGAAGUGUUCUUCAUGUGUAUCUCUGGAGAGCUACCAUGGUUGCGUAUUAAAGCAGUAUCGAGCCUAGAAUGUUGAAAACUAUAAAUGCAUAUCUUUUUUUGUGUUUAAAAUGUGGCUCUGGAAUAUUUUAAAUACUCCUAGAUUUUAAUACACAUUAUUAACUUAAUUACUUUGUUUAUAGAACAAAAGAAACAUAAUAAAAAUGAAACUUAAACACAGACUGUUAUUUUAUUAAUAAAGUUGGUAUCUCUGUGAAGAACCUGUCUAUUGAGAUGGGUACACAAAAAGUCCAGAAAAUUAGUCCUGACUUUUGGCGGUAAUUUUGAGCUGUGGCUGUGAAGAAGUCAGUUAACUCUUCUGUCUUGACCUGAAGAACUGGAACACAUUCACGUAUUACAGAAGAACUGUAGCUUCAAACAAUAGCUGCAAGGCACUUGGAACACAAAAAGUUGUAUCUGAGAGCUAAGUACAAGGUGAUGAUUGUAUUUAUGAUUGUAUAUGUGACUCCUCUAAUAAACUUUUAAAAAA